GAGCACUCCAACAGGACACAAGUAUUAAAGAGUCAGAUUUGAAAAGGGAAACUGUGGAGUCAGCAUAAUGAGAAGUGGAGAGGCAAUGGAACAAGGAUUACGAGACUGCUGCAGAUCGAUCCGCAUUGGGAAGAUCCUGAUACAGAGCGACGAGGAGACGCAGAGAGCCAAAGUGUACUACGCCAAGUUCCCACCAGACAUCUACAGGAGAAAGGUCCUGCUCAUGUGCCCAAUACUGAGCACUGGCAAUACUGUCAUUGAGGCUGUCAAAGUGCUUGUAGAACAUGGCGUGCAACCAAGUGUCAUUAUCCUGCUCAGCCUGUUCUCCACACCUCAUGGCAAGUUGGGGCCUUUGCCCUCUCUCGAAAGCCUGAAGUUUUGGGGCUGCCUCGAAGAACAAAGACACGUCGUGUCUUCAGCUGCCGCUGUGCUCCUGGACACGCACCUUUCACUGCAGCUCUGCCCUCAGCCUGACCCACAGGACGCAGAGGAACCUGCCUGA